AUGUGUAGUGCAGUAAAUAUUCUGAGCCUUAAGAAUACAAAUCAAGCAAAAUGGCCUAGCCACUUUUCUCAAUGUGGAGGCAGAAAACAAACCCCAAUAAACAUAGAGACACAAUCAACUAAAUACAGUCCACUUAAUAUCGCAUUAAACUAUUUUGAUCACAAAUUUAGCUAUAAAUUGGUAAACAACGGUCAUUCCGCUGCCCUUACUAUUACUGAUGCUCUAAAACCUUCAAUUAAUUUGGAUUCAGUCACAUAUAUGUUUGAUAACUUACACAUUCAUUGGGGCACUAAUGACAACAAAGGCAGUGAACAUAGUAUUGAUAAUAGAUUUUAUGCCUCAGAGCUACAUUUUGUGCAUUACAAUCAAAAAUAUGGCUCAGUUGCUAAUGCUAUAAAUAAAGCCGAUGGACUGUUAGUGUUGGGCGUAUUAGCACAACUAAGCCAAACACCGAACCCGAACCUGAAUUUAUUGACCAAAGAGGUGACACAAAUAACGAAAUACAAGUCUACAACAACUAUACCAACUAAUAUACAUUUACGACUCAACAAUCUUAUACCAACAAACAGAAAUGAAAUAUUCAGAUACCAGGGCUCACUUACAACACCUCCCUGUUCUGAGACAGUGACCUGGAUAUUGAUUCACACACCCAUUACUAUUGGUAAAGAUCAGUUAAAUGCUUUUCGUGGUUUACAAGACAAUUCUGGCCAUAAGUUACUAACUAAUCGCCGAAAUAUUCACCCAUUGAAUGGACGCACAGUUUAUACAUCUAAACAAAAAUAA